AUGGAUCCAUUCACUGGACCAAAGUAUUCUGUUCAGCCUGCUCAGCUCUCGCCUAGUGCAUUGAGCUUUCCACCUUUUGGGGUCAGCGAGAGCCAGGCAAGCAUAACUAAGGAAAGCCCCGUCGAAACGACUCACUAUGCUGGUCUUCCCACUCCAAACACAGAUUCACACCCCAUCAGGCUUCUCCAAGGCCAAGGCACGGCUCCAGAAAGCCCAUUUUCAGGAGCAGUUACAGGUCAGAGCCUUAGUAGAGGUAAUGUUGGACAGGUAUAUCCUGCUCCUAAAAGCCGCGCUUUUGCCGUCGAAUGUGUUUCCCCAAUGCUGUCCCACCUGGCUUUGGCUAGUCUCUUCAGUCGCCGGGAGUUCGAGAGUGUUAAAGGGCCCUGCCUAUCGCAUCUUAGCUCCAUGGGUAAGUUUGUAGUGGGUUUCACUGAUUUCCGUGAUACCCACAAAGCUCUUGAAAAGAUCCAAACCAUGCAUCCAGAGUGGAGAGUGAUGCCCCUGACUGCUCGUGAGUAUGCACAAGAGACCAAGGACACCGUUGAGAAUGCUUCGGACUUUGAGGGUCAUGUUAUCAUCAUUAUUCACCCCGAAAACACCCCCAUUGGUAUUGACCUAGCAUCUAUCUAUCCAGCGAUGCACGGCCUUGUGAAAGGCUUUGGGGCGGUCAGCAGAUUCAAGGUAGUUUCGUUGCAAAAUCGGGCAUACGAAUUUUUUGUCGAGUUUUGUGAUACUAGGGAUGCCGUGAACGCUGUGGCAGCUUUAAAUGGUGCCUUUUUCGAGAACUUCGUUUUACAAGUCCAGCAUAUUCAUCCAGACACUCAACUUUCUCAGGAUAGUCUUUUGAAGGACGCAAUCCAUGACAUCUCUCCCAUCAUGAGUUCUCGAAUUCAGCUCGGAGCUCCUCUUCGUGGACGUGGGGUUGUCUUGAGUCCAACUGGACGAUCUACCGUUCCAAUGGAGGAUAUCUCUGAGCUAAUGGACUUGCUUUCUCCGACGCCCAAGAGCGUAGGGUAUGACCAGCACCAUGACGGAAAUCGGUUCGGCGACCAGCGGUGCAAACAUCCCCAGAACAUUGUGGACGUUGAUCGUAUCCGGCUUGGCCUUGACGUCCGCACAACCAUCAUGCUUCGCAAUAUCCCCAACAAAGUUGACUUGCCUCUAUUGAAAGAGAUCAUUGAUGAAACCAGCUUUGGGAAGUACGAUUUCAUGUACUUGAGAAUCGACUUUGCCAACAACUGCAAUGUCGGCUAUGCUUUUAUCAACUUUGAAGAUUUUGUCCAAGCUCGAGCCGGACGCACUUGGAACUGUUUCAACAGCGACAAAGUUGCUGAGGUUUCAUAUGCUACAAUUCAGGGACGAGAUUGCUUGGUGCAGAAGUUCAGAAACAGCUCCGUUAUGCUGGAGGACCCAUCAUUCCGGCCCAAGCUAUUCCACACUGGAAAAGGUUCCUUGGCAGGAACCGAAGAACCAUUCCCUGGUCCUAACAACAUCUCCAAGAUGCGUCGCAGUGUUGAAAACGCGGAACAAGUCGGCCUCUUCGCACCUCGUGUCACCCGCGAUGUUCGACGGGGACAUGGAGGACGCUCUGACCAGCCCUUGCAACUUCGACACAGCCUCUCCCAGCGCCAGCUGAUGUUGACCGGCACACCGGAGACUUCUCCUAUUCUAAGCCGUAACUUCUGA